UACAUUUUAAGUUUUAAUAAUAAAUGCUAGAAUGACCAAAUUGCAGACUAAUUAUUUCCAUAUUGUACUUAAAAUUAGUUUUUAAAAAUUAUUUUAAAAAAAGAUGACUAUAUACAAUCAAUGCUAUUUAUUGUACCUCUGGGCGUACUCUUCCAAAAAUUGAGCUUAUCAAUUUUUCUCUGUCAAGCUUGAACUAAUGUAAAUAAUCGAAAUAAUGUAAAGUUAUAUUUUCAUGUUUUUAUAGAUAUGACAUGACAAGAACAUAUAAUGUAAGAGUAUCUCAAGUGUGGAUAAUGUUGAUUGGCUAACACAGAGCUCAGUCUUAGGCAGUAAAACCUAGUUCAAUAUCCAUGUAACAAUGCAUCAGUAUAUUGCUGUAUACAUGUGUCUGUGCAUAGAAGUGAUAAAUGCUCAAAUAAGAGUGGUGACAGCUAUCUCAAGGUUUUUUUUAAUUCAUUUUAUAUAAACUGUUAUGGAAAGACCAAAAUAAUUAUGAACUAUUCUUAUGUAAAUUUACAAUUGUCCUUUAAUGUACAUUUUGUUUACAGUAUAGUACCUUAUUCUCUGCUGUGUUAAGUGGGUGUCGUACUCCAAGGAGACAAACACUUUCUACAACUUCUAUUGAAGACACUGGGAUUUCCAAUUUUUUCAUGUGUACUAUGUCAGAAAAUGCUUUUGAUUUUAUUUUUAAAUCUAACAUCUGAUGGCUUUUUCAGAGUGUUGUGGAAACUUCAGUCAUACAUAAAAUAUGUUCUUAUAAAAUGCCAACAUCUUUUUAUUCUGUUUUUCCUCAAUGGUACAACAAUCUAAUAAUGAGAAAACAGAAAGUGUAUCUUAUAUUCUUCCCAAAUAAAUCUAGAUGUUUGUAGUGAAGGAGGGCAUCUCUGCUCAGUUUGUUAGAAAAGUAUGAUAGAGUCAAGGCAGAAUGUCUUUUUAAUUUAAAUGAAGAGAAUUGGUCGUUGUGGUACGUCAUGCUCCUUAAGCACUUUGGACAUAGAGAGAAAUGUGGCAAUUGAUUAAAUCACCAAUUCUGCAUACAGGCAUUGUGUACUUCAGCCUUCCUUGUGCAGUCCUCUCAUUUGGUAUGGUACUCAUAUUAAAGAGCAGGGAAGUAACUUGCUUUAAAAUAUGGUUUGAUUUUUAAAAACUGACCAUUUAUUAUUUGACUUAAAAAUUCUUUCCAUUUUAACCAGUUUUGACAAAGCUGGUCAUUUGAAUAUUUACACAAUCCUAUUUACAUGUUCUCCAAAAUUAUUCUAACAUGACAGUUCUAACUUUCACAUAAAUUUGUCAAAGUUUUAUAUUUAAAUGUAUCAGGUAUUUAACACACCAAUAUAAAGGCGAAUCUGCUUAAAAUACAGUAAUUUUACAUUUCUAAUCUGUAAGUACUAUGGAUAUUUUGAUGAUCAUGAUGGUAUUCGGAGAAAAAGAAGAGAAUUACUAGCAAUAUUCCGGUAAAAAAAAGUUACCACCAACCAUUUCUUAAUGAUAUCAUUAAUUUUUAUUUUUCAAUUAAGUGUACGUAUGUGUGUGCCUGCUGUGGGAAUGUGCCAGUGAGUGCAGGUGCCUGCUGAUAACAGGGGUGAGGCCAAUUAUAUCAGAGCUAGAGUUGGGGUGUUCAUAGGUGUUUGGGAGCUCCCAAAUGGUUUGCGGGAAACUAGCCUGGGUCCACUGCAAGUGUUCUUUCUCAAACCACUGAACAAUUCUCCAGUACCAACAAUAUCAUUAAAUUUUUUUUUAAAAAA